UUUAGAAAUAGUGCGUUCAUCAUUAUGUAGCCAAAGAACAGCACUUUGACUUUUACUCUGUGACUUCCUUAUCUUCAUCCUGUAAAUACCAGGGCAGGCCAAGAAGGCAGGGAGGGAGCAGUGAACCCAACAUUCCUCAGGCCAGCUCUGCCUGCCCACAGUGAGGAUGAAGAUCUCCAUGGCUGCCCUCUCCUUCCUCAUCCUUGCCGCUGCCCUUGGAUCCCAGGCCAGCAUCAUACCUCAUUCUGAGAUAAGAAAACACCUAGAAUCUUUGCGCCAAUUUAGAUCUCCACCAGUUCUUCACGGCUUUCACCAUCCUAGUGACUGCUGCUUCUCCUACACUUCACGAAGGAUCCGGUGUACACUCAUGGAAGAUUAUUUUGAGACAAGCAGUGGGUGCCCCAAGCCAGGUGUCAUCUUCACCACCAAAAAAGGACAACGUGUCUGUGCCAACCCCAGCGAUUCGAGAGUUCAGGAUUGCAUGAUAUACCUAACCCUGACCUUGGUGCCCAAGGACCUGGGAACGCUAAAUCUUCGCUAGGAAAUAGGACAUAAAUUACCAGCCACCUGACCUUCAGCUUUCUUGCCCCAACUACCUUCUGGGAGUUUCUUGGCCUGAGUUGUUUUUUUAAAAAAAAAACCAAAAACCUUACUCUUCUUUAAACAAUGCAUUAAUAAACAAUAUCUGUAUGGACAUUACUAUAGCCAACUGGAUGUGUAAUUGCAUGGUUUCCCCCAGAAAAACUCUAAUUGGUUUUUUCUGCACAGUUUUUCAGCAAACUGUAAAUGGAUAAAGGGAGCUCCAGUGGUGCAGUCAGUUAUAAAUUAAUGGAUAAAACCAUUACAAUGGUAUGUGGUGCUUUAUAACCAGACCCUGCCUCCAGAAAUUUCCCUGAUUCUUUGAUGUUAGCUUAAGAUAAACCAGAGAUAGUACAGCUAGAAUGAAUUUACUUCUGUCCUAACCUAUAUAUAUAUGCACCCACUUUCUGAUUCAAAUUGCAGGGAUCCAACUGGCCUUUCUACCACAUGGAAUUAAACUUCCAGUCCCGCAAUAAACUGCACUCUCUGCAAUCCUA